CAGCGACACAAGUGAUCUGGGAUGUAAAAGGAGUGAAUCUUUGGACAGCAACUAUGCAAGAAAUACUGUGGAGCAAAUUCUGACCUCAAAGCCAGCAGGAAUGACUGUGAUUAAAGAGUAUGAAGAAACUGGGAGUUUGAAAGAUUCCACCAGGCGAUUAAUGGUGAACAUCAUUGUCGCACACAUGCGUGAAAAAGAAGGGAGUCGUGUUAGUAAAGCAACAAAGGAGUUUCAUGCACUCGGGAUUGUGUCACGGUUUCCAGCUUUGAAGGACCCAUACUCAAACAAGGGAUAUGAACACUUUUACGACAUACAGAGCAACAAAGGCUUUCUUGAGUGGCGUUUAAAGACUGUGCAACGUCAGUCCAGAACAGCCUCUUCAUCCCUCAAGAAAGUGGUGCUUAAAGGAGGUCCCACAUCCUCAAGACCCACUGUAGUUACCACAGGGGACCAGCAAACAGGAGAUGACUGUAUGGAAGCCAUAUCUCUUCUCAACCACACAACAGACCGUGACUUAGUCUUCCACAAGAUGAGAGAUACCUUCCAAUACCGUCAGCAAAUACUGCACAAUCCACAGCACUCAGCCGAUGUACUACAAAUCUUUCCUCGCUUCUUGGAUAUUAGACUGAUUUUGCAAGACUUUUCACUAAUGUUUGGAGAAGAGACUGCAUCAAGGUUCCUGCGAAAAUGGAACACCAGUUUUAAAGACAAGAUCACCCAGGAGGCCAAAAACCUAAAGGAGACUUCACUUCUAAAGCGACAUCUGAGAUCUGCUCUGAAUGAAGGAUCUGAUACCACUGAUGAUCCAGAUAGGAACCACCACCCCAGUCUGUCAAUGCAGAGGCAACAAUCUCCACGCAAUGUUGCAGAGGGUAACCAAGACAGUCCUACAAUAUCCAGGGCCAUUAAGAACUCAGGGCAACUCCAGAUUGCUACAGAGUCCAGUCCCUCUCCAGGAGACUGGCUCUGGAUCCUAAGGGAUGUGUUGAGCUGGGCCCUGUGGGCUAAGCCCCCAGAUCAUCUCCCUAGAACUCCCUCCCCAAUCCUUGAGAGGACCAGGGAUGGGGCCCCAGUAAUCCUGUGA